AUGAUGCGGGACGUGCUCAGCGCUCUUGGCGGUAGUGAGGCGUGCGGCGCUCGCUGGACAGUGGGUGCGCUACUUCUGGCACCACUGGCAGCUGCCAACUCAAGCUACUGCGCCGUGCCAGCCGUUAUGCUACUGGCAGUCUUCGCAACCUUUGCCACAUUGACCUGCAAGGAUUUAAGGAAGCUCUCCGAAAUCCUUCCUCCUCGGCGCACGCCCAGGGGUAGGAGGGAGAGGAACUUGCGGUCAUUCGCCGACUUCAUGGCGAUGUGGAUGUGUUUUUUAUCCCACUUGGUCGCGGUCGCCAUCUGCGCUAGGAUACUAAGCGCGACAGCUGAUCAUGUUACCGGUGGACGCACAAGAAGAUGGCUGUUUGGCUACGAGACACGCUCCCUGGGCGAGCCCUGGCCUGAUGUGAUAGGUGUUACAGUGGUAAUGGUGGUAUGCGCAAUGUUCAUGUGCGGACUUGAGGAAAGCAUGAUGUUCACGUUCAUACUAUUGAUCCUGUUGUAUUUAUUUAGCCAAUGUUUUGCAAUAUUCGGCCUCAUUAAUUUGGAUAUAGCAAGCAUAAAAAUUCCAAUACCGAUUACGAUAUACGAGGUAUUCGCAGCAGGAGCACCAAUAGCAUAUGCUUUCAGCGUUGGCCUGCCACCGAAACAAAACAGCAAUAUGAAGAAGAAUUUGUUCCUUAUGAUCGGACUGCCAACGAUGAUCCUUUGUGGUCUUUGUUUUUUGUACACGAAUAUGUUGAAGGGGAACAGAAUCGAUGCAGCAUUGCCAGUAACCACAUUGCUGGAGGCACGCUCAGCUGGCUGGGUUUGCCCAGUGCUGGCCGGUAUCACGGUGGCGGGAAUUUGCCUCGCCCUCACCGAACUUUGUCCCCUGCUAUUCUCCUUGCUGGUGUUGCUAGCGUCCCCAGAGUGGAAAGUGCUGACGAGGUCAAUGACAUACGAAAGCACUACGACCGGAAGUCCAGUGUUGGCUGUGUUUACAGCAGGUAGUCUGGCAGCAAUAUUAGCAUUCGCCUGUCCCCUAUCGCACAUGAUCACGUUGAUGAAUGCAAGUCACUUAUUUGGAAUCACUAUACAAGCAUUCCACUUCAUUAUCAUGAGAUGCGUUCCGACGAUGGAGCAGAUGGAAGCAGGAAACAUCGAGUACAAGCGCCUUGGAACAGAGCAUGGGGGAGGCACCUCGCGUGUGGUGAAAUCCAUUUCGAUGAAAUCCAAGCGCAGCCUAUGGUUUAUACCAUCAGCGAUACGUCACACCAAGACAUUAGAAAGUAUUAAAUCAAAGGUUACAAAAGAGACUGAAGAACGCGAGUGCCUUUUGCUUGACGAGUACGCAGGCUGUCCCAUGGAAGAUAUUGAACAGACUUCGAGUAGCAACGACGGCAUUAGGGCAAUGGCUGUUGAGGAAGAAGUGGAUAUUCAGUCCGAUAUUGAAGCGAGUGAACAAGAAGUCUCGUCUGGAGAUGAUUCCACGGACAUCGACGCCGUAGUUAAGGAAUAUAAGGAUACAAUACAAGUGGUGACAGCUGUGCCCGAAGCUAACACCCCAGCACCGCCUUGCAUCAGAGGCGCUAGGUGGUCAGCCGCGGGUGCUAUAGUCCAAGUUGUCGCGAACGCAUUCCUUGCCGUCGCCUUCUGCAACGAGGCCCUGAGACUGCCGAUGUUCCUUACGGGAAUACCGAUGUGGCUGUGCGGAACAUUUAUUUGCAUAUGGCAGCCCUCACACAAACUUGGCAUGAACAAAACGCAAGGCGUAGAAGGGCCUAUAACGAUGACAAUGGCAUUAUUGUUCCUCACGCCUCUAUUGCUUGACUCCUGGCCUGCUAUUAUACUCUUUGCGGGCGCCGGAGUAGUAAUAUACGCGCGCUGCGAACGAUGGUGCGGGGACCUGGCGGUGCAGCAGGCGCGGAGUACGCUCGAACGCCGCAAACGCGCCGCCCGCCCCCUCACCGAUGACAUGACGAGGACUCGGACUCGAGUCUCGACAAUU